GUGUGUGCUGAAGGCGACUCUUUCCUUCCUGCUGGAUCAUCUGAGUCUGGUGGCGUCUUACAGCGACAGCAACCGCAUGACGUGUCAGAAUCUGGCCGUGUGUUUCGGGCCGGUCCUCCUGACGCCCACACAGGAGUCGUGGCAGGCCGGGAUGACGGCUCCCGGAUCAGGGGCCCUGGCGGGGUCCGGGGCCGGUCGAGGAGGCCGUAGCUUUGCACACAGUGAAGAGAUCGCCAGCGCCGUGGACUUUAAACGACACAUAGAGGCGCUGCACUAUCUCCUGCAGCUCUGGCCUGUACCCAAAGGACGAGUGACGGGUGACUCUCUGGCUUCCCAGAGUUCCUUGCAGGUGGUGGUUUCCCGCAGGGGGCGUGGCCGGCUGGAGAGCCCGCCCUGUAACCGCUACGCCGGCGAUUGGAGCGUUUGUGGGCGGGACUUCCUGUCGAACGACGAGGCGGAUUACGACGAGGUGGCAGGCAGCGAGAGCGAUGACGAGGACAUGGAGGAGCCGAAGAAGAGGGACGUGUGGACGUCUCCCGACGGUGUGUACGUGGACGAGUUUGCGCUCGACUUUGACGCUCCGUUCACGUGCCGACUGAGUCUGAAAGACUUUGACACUCUGAUUUCAGAUUUGGAGAGAGAGUUAGCCAAACAAAUCAACAUCUGCCUCUGAAGCGGACUGAAGCAGAAUCUGUGCGUGUUUGCGCUCAGCAGAUGCAUUUUAAUACACUAUUAAAAAAUGGAGUAACUUCUCGAGAAACAUGCGUUCUGUUGCAUGUGUAGCAUUGACACAAAAGACAACCACAAGUUGCCACAGAAAUGCCAACAUGCAAAUAAAUACUGUAUUUUCUGGUAAAUAAAUUGCAUCGUUAAGAGAAGAAAAAAAAUCAUGCAA